AUGAGGACCAGGCUACUCUGCUUCAUCCAGUACGCGGGGCUCCUGGUGGCCGUGGCUGGCCAUGUGUGUUCCUUGGUCACCCUCUUCCUGCCCCAGUGGCUGACUUUCUCCUCGGAGUUUCUGGAGAAGGAGACAUUCAUGCUGGGCCUGUGGGAAGCCUGUGUGACUCAGGAUCCUGGUGAGAGCGUAUGCAAGGCCUACACCAACCUCCUGGAAAUUUCCACCGACAUCCGGAUGGCCCGAGUCCUCAUGUGCCUCGCAGGGGCUAUUGGGACAUUUGGAUUCCUGACCAUCAUUCCUGGACUGACCUGUCUGAGGUACUGGGGGCAUCUGGGGAGUCCUUUUGAUCGAAGUAUGAACAUCGCGGGGGGAGCUUUUUUUUUCCUUGCUGGCCUCACCACAUUAGUGCCCGUGUCCUACAUGGCUCAUGUCACUGUGCAGAAGUUCUGGAGUCCCAAGUUCACAACCUAUACACCUCGGUGGAAAUACGGCAGCGCCAUGUUUUGCGAAGAUGUGCACAAGGCGGGAUUCAUACUUACCUACGACUAUGACGAACAUGUUUGGUUCCAAGAAAGCUAUAGCUGA